AAAAAGACAUACAGACACACACAGAUACAGACACAGAUAUACACAAGCACAUACAGCUAAACACACAGACACAGUACAUAACACACACACACACAUUAUACAUGGAGUCAGCUAAACCAAAAGGAAAAUCAGAUUAGAUGUUUCUUAAUAUAUUUCUUGGCAGAGCAUGUUAUGAGUGAAACUAAGCAGAUUUCAGAAACCUAUGUAGCUGUCAAUAAAGAAACCAAGAAUGCAAGGGACACUUGGAUAGCAGCCAAAGGAGCUUCCAUCUUUCAGUCCAGGCAUAUGAAUAUAUGUUUGAGAGAACAAAUUACUUAUCUCCUUAAUGAAGGGAACAACAUCAAAGCAAAUAUUUGGGAUCUACAAGAUACUAUGAGGACCAUGAAAGCUGAACUCAAAAGGAUAAAGCAAGCUGAGGAGGCCAUCACUGUCUUAGAAACAGACAUGGAAGCAGUUAAGAAAAGACAAGAGGAGGAGAGUGAAACAGCAUUUUCAGAGGAGGAAUUUCUGCAAAAACUGGAGAAGGACAAUGAAAAUUUGCAUAUGAGAAUCUUCAUGCUUUCUGAGAAGAGCUCAGCUUUGACAGCAUCAAAGAAUAUCAAUCAGCGGAACUACCUUCAGCUCUGCUGUUAUGUCAAUAAGCUACAGAGGGAGCUUCAAGAAUGCAAACUGAUUUGUGGAGAGGAAGAUGAGGUUUUCAGAAAGAUGAAACACCAAAUUCAGGAGCUAGAAGAGUACGUACAAGAAUAUGAAGUAAAAAUACAGAUUCUUCAAGACAGAGAAAAAACUGUGCAGAUUGAGCUGUCAGCUGUUGAGAAAGAGAAGGCCCGGUGUCACAGCAACUUUCCAGGCAAGUUUUUGAAUCUUCACCCAAACAACUUGAUGUAUGAAAUAGCCAGGGCUCAACUGGAAGAAAAAAUAAGAAGGGAAGAGAAGCCUAUGAAACAGCAGCUUUGUGGUGGUAGGUGGAAGCUAGCCUGGGUCUUUAUUAUUCUGUGGCAUUUCGCUGGAAUCCUACUGGUGAUACUCCUCACUGUGCUUCUAGUCAUACUGUUUGUUCUUGGUGUCUGCCUUUCAAACCAUACAGUGACAGAGGCAUACCAACGACCCCUAUGGCGGUUUUUGGACUAUUAUAUCCAGCCACAUAUACAACUGUACAGUACUGGCCUCUUACCAAAGUGAUACCAGAAUCAAAAAGAGCUGCUGACUAAAGAGAUCCUGUCAUUAUAAUGUAUAUGAAUGUGGAUAAAGCUGAUAUCCUAUCAAAAAAUUUCCAGGGCUGAAUUAUUUCAACUGAAAUUCCUUGCAGACCUGUUCAAUUUAC